AGGCUGUGUACCCUCAGUAACUACAGGAGACGACCCACUCCCUUCAGAUUAGCCAUGUCGAUUACGCAUCUAACGUCGGUUUCGCAAUUGAACAAUAUUCUUUCGGAAUCUACGGACAAACUAUCUGUCAUCGACUUUCAUGCGACUUGGUGUGGACCGUGCCACAUGAUUGCGCCUGUCUUCGAGGCGCUUUCAAAGCAGUAUCGGAAUGUCAACUUUCUGAAGUGCGAUGUAGACGCGGCUAAGGAUAUUGCAAGAACGUAUGGCGUUUCUGCCAUGCCGACCUUUAUAUUUCUUCAAGGUAGUACAAAAGUCGAUCAAAUACGUGGAGCCGACAAAGCUGGUCUUGAACAAGCUCUUCGACGCCAUUCUUCCGGUUCGUCUGCUGGAGCUUUCUCCGGGAAGGGCCAAACUCUAGGUGGCUCCUCUCCAACGGAAUCUUCCACCGACGACUUUGGUAUAGCGGCCGCCUUCGACAGGCUAGACCCUCAGCUGAAGGUGCUGUUGUUCCUCCUGGCGGGAUAUCUUCUCUUCUGGUACUUCAGUUGAAUGGUCCAUAUCUUUUCGCAUAUCCUGGGUUCUCUAGCUUCCUGCAUAGCAUACUGCAUUAUCAUUGAUUUGAAUUAAGUUCGAUGAGGAUUCGUGCGAGAGAAACUAGCCUAUAGUACUUCAGUAUGUCUCGGACACGGCGGACCG